UACAACAAUGUUUGCACAAAUCUUUACCGUGAUUGCUGUUAUAGCAACAGUUAAAGCUGGUGCAAUUUCUGUUGUAUCUGGAGGCCUGGGCGUUGGAGGCUUAGGUUUAGGAGGAGGGUUGGCCCUAGGUGGAGGAUUAGGGGGACUAGGUCUGGGCCAUGGAGUUUCAAUUGCAGCAAGACCUGCUGUAGUGGACGUUCACACUCCAGCUCAUUAUGAGUUCAAAUAUGGAGUGGCGGACGGCCACACAGGUGACCAGAAGCAGCAAGCCGAAGUUCGUGUUGGUGACACUGUUAAGGGCGAAUACUCCCUUGCCGAACCCGACGGCACUAUUCGCGUCGUUAAAUACACGGCAGAUCCUCAUAAUGGCUUCAACGCUGUAGUAAGCCGGAUAGGACACGCUGCUCAUCCUCAAAUCGUCGCCAGUCAUGGAGUUGCUCUUGGAGGAAUCGGACUUGGAGGUCAUGGUCUGAUAUAG